AAAAGAUUGAAGAGUCAACAUUCCGUCCGGUGUGUUGAAGCAAGCAGCAGGAAAUCAUGAGCCUUCUCGCCCUGGUCGUGGUCGCCGUCGCCCUCGCGGCAGGACUUCCCUCUACGGUUGAGGGAGGAAAAGAAGGACCUAUGAUGGACAACAUGCAUGCAAUGCCUUCUGGCUUGGUGGUCCAAGUCCAGCAGAAGGUCAACACCGAUGACUGUUGCGAGGAAAAGGAGAAUAUGGAUGAUGUGGAUGAGAUGAGAGAAGAGAAGAAUAAGGAUGACAUGCAUGAGAGAGAAGAGACGCAUGGGACGCAGACACACACAACUACAACUACUCAUAGGCCACAUUAUAAUGUGCAUUAUGUAAGUCCUUCUAAGUAGACGCUGCCAGCAUCAUGAAAAGCUCCUGUGAAAAGAAAAAAAGAAAAACGCGACGAACAUGACCACAGAGUACGAAAAUGAACAAGGACAAGACCAAGAUUGUUUACCUUCCAUUGAACAUCAUCAUUAUCAGGAACUUCCUGGCACCCGAAUGUUCAAUCCGUGAAGUGCCAAGCAACGACCAGGCUUUGAUUGAUUUUUAUUUUUUUCUGAAGUAUUUGCAUAAUGAAUGAUCAAAUUGCUCCCAAAUUUUAUUGCAGCAGAAAAUUUAUUUCUUUUAAGUUAAAG